AAACUAUAGCUCAGUGUUAUUUAGUAACACGAAAUUUGAUUGCUGAAAACUAGGAUUAUAGAAACAGUGGACCAUUCGAGCACGGGAUACACUCCUGACUUUAUAUUCUUCGUCGCAGAACAAAGCUUAGGCGCCGUCCGGCGGAAGCUCCGUCCAAAGCCGUUCCAUUCCUAAAGUUGCCCGAAGGAUUAUGUCUCGAGAGUGCUUCGAAGUAUCCACGAAAUAACCACAUUCCCGUGGGAAAGGACACCUGUGCGGCGCACCUGUCGCGCGCGGAAGCGCCUUGAAAGCUGGCGCAAGCUUUGGCUGAAAGCUGCGCCUCGGCAAAGGGACCGCCAGUUGGCGGCUAACGAGCCCUGUAGUCUGUGCUGGGCAGCGCAUGGCAACAGGUCGGGCAGCGCACCGCCCACAGGAUCCAGUGCGUCGCAUCCGCAGCAUCCGCACAGCCUCGGAGUCCUCGUGGGCCGAUUGUUUUCGUUCAGCAAGCCUCCGCAAGGUGUUUGAAGGUCCCUUUCCCCGCGCGGACGAAUUGCGCGCGCUAAAAAUAACGGUUGCCCGCCCAGCCAGUCUGGUCCAGUCAGCUGAAUCGCAAUCCUUCCGGAUCCUUGGAGUGACGAGUGGCGUGUCGCCUUGGGCGCCAAAGUCGACGGCGGGCGUCGGAGCAGAAAUGCGUGCCGCCCCUCCUGAGCCUGAGCCUCUGCAAUUAGCCGGAUCCGGUGAACAGGCGGACGGGAUGCGUCUGCGGUCCUGAACGUGCCAAACGCGCUGCUACGAACGUCCAUUAUGACGGGCGCCAACAUCGACUACGACUACCUGCUCAAGUUCCUCGUCCUGGGCGACUCCGGCGUGGGCAAGACCUGCCUCCUCUACCAGUACACGGAUGGCCGGUUCCACACGCAGUUCAUCUCCACCGUGGGCAUCGACUUCCGCGAGAAGCGGCUGCUGUACAACUCCCGCGGACGCCGCCACCGCAUCCACCUGCAGAUCUGGGACACCGCCGGACAGGAGCGCUUCCGUUCGCUAACCACAGCGUUCUACCGCGACGCCAUGGGCUUCCUGCUCAUCUUCGACCUGACCAGCGAGAAGAGCUUCCUGGAGACGGCCAACUGGCUGUCGCAGCUGCGGACUCACGCCUACUCCGAGGACCCCGACGUGGUCCUCUGCGGCAACAAGUGCGACCUGCUGCAGCUGCGCGUGGUGAGUCGCGACCAGGUGGCGGCCCUCUGCCGACGCUACCGGCUGCCGUACAUCGAGACGAGCGCCUGCACCGGGGCCAACGUCAAGGAGGCCGUGGAGCUGCUGGUGGGCCGCGUCAUGGAGCGGAUCGAGAACGCGGCCUGCAACCGCGAGUUCUCCCUGCUACUGACCCAGUCGCGGUGCCUGCCGAACAUCGCCUACGGCCAGCCGGAGGACCUGGUGCGACUCCACGACCGGCGGGAGGAGCCCUGCUCGCGGCGCAACUGCCGCAACUGCUAGGUGCCAUGCCCGUGGCCAAGUCACCCUGCUUUGUUCCUUGACUCAUGUUUCCGAAUCUAAGUGUGUUUCGCUGUAAAUAAAUGUUGAUUGUUGA